AUGACGUCCCUGUCGCAGCGCCGCUCCUCCCUGCUCGAGGCGGUGGGCGGCGGCGCGCGCCGGGCCACACUGGUCGGCAGGACGUCGUCCAAGGCGGUGCCGAAGCGGGCGUCGCCGGCCCGCACCGCCAUCCCGGUCAAGCCACCCGUCGUCAAGUCCAAGGCGGGCGCCACGGCGUCGCGCAUCCCCGUCACCAAGACUUCGACGGCGUCCCCGCGCGGUGGCGCCAGGCCCGCGGACGUGCCGGCGCCGCUCAGCGACCUCAGCUGGAAGUUCUCGUCAGACUCGAGGCCCACGUCGCCCGACGCCGCGUCCGUCCGGAAGGACCCGCCGGCCAGCAAGCCCGGCCCGUCCGCGGAGGACCAGGCCAUCCACGACCUACAGGAGCUAGUGCGCCGCCAGCAGGAAGAGCUCGAGGAGUACCAGCACCCCGACGAGCGCGACGGGCGCGACGGCCACGCCGCGGAGCCUUCGCCCCUCGCGUCCUGCACACUGGUUCAGCGAGUGGCCAAGGCCGUGGACGCCGAGGUGGUGGUAGAGGCCGUGGCGUACGACGGCCCGCUGCAGGUGAAGACCGUGCGGCUCGAGGACCAGGACACGGCCAGCGACGUGCUGCAAGACCCCAGGCUGGCCGCCACGCGCAGCAGGCUGAACCAGCGCCUGCAGCACCUUCUGGACGACGACGACGGCAAAGUGCACGGUGGCGUCGUCGAAGAGGUGAGCAAGGCGCCAGACCCUCGAAGACGGAGCGUCUUUCUGUCAGAGGCGCCGGCGUCGCUAUCAGUGCCGGACGCCGCGGACUGGGAGCCGCAGGAGCUGGCCCUGGCUGGCCCCGCGGAGGACUGGCCUGGCGAGAGGACCGCCCCAGCCGCCCCAGCCGCCCCACAGCACCGCGACCACGGCGAACUGCGCGAAGCGGCUCUCGAGGGCCACGCGCAGCGCCAGCCCUCCAGCGUGACGGACUGGCGCGCCAUGCGCGACGACGCCAUCCUGGAGGCACCGAGCGGCGCCGCAUCACACAAGGACCUGUACCACCAGGAAAUUCGCCAGCUCCUGGAGAAGCUGAACGCCGACGAGGCCGUGUUCCCCUACGGCAUCCCAGGAGGCGCCACCGCCAGUGCCGCCAGCGAGCCCAUCUACGCCACGGCCAACAAGCGCAAGAAGACCGCAGGUCCGCCCCCGGGCGAUGGAGGGGAGGGCCUCCGGCAGGGGCAUGACGAUGUGGCCAGGACCAGCAUCUCUCCGCUCAAGCAGAAAGCAGCCGACGCCGCGACCGACGCCGGCGCCGCGCCCGCCCCAGUCCACGCGGCGCACCCCCAGGACGCGGGGCUGGCGCAGCUGGCGCCGCUGGCGGGCCUCGCCAACAUGAGCCCACUGUCGGACGAGGACGCCGACGCGCGGCAGCCCGCCUCGCCCGGCAGCGACCUGUCGCUGGGCUCCAGCAGCGGCAACACCAGCGGCGACGACGGCAUCGGGGAUGAGGGCUCCUCCUCGUCGUGCGAGCUGGACAUCCUAGACUCGUCGGGGUCCACGACGGCGUCCUCGGCCAGCGACGCCCACGAUGACGACGUGGAUGUCGCGGACGUUCUCGCUGAAGCUCACAAGAGGCCGGCGCCGAUUGGGGGCUGCGAGCGCCAGCCGGCCCCGCCCGUGGACGAGGCCGCUGCCGAAGGCGUCCUCCCCGAGGGGGAGGCCUUCAAGGUCGUCGAGGAGCUGUACGUGGCCGACGCCGCCGUGGCGCCCUCAGAGGCCGUCAGCACGAAGCCGUCCGGGCCGUCUGGACACCCGGCCCGCAGCCCCAGGAUGUUCACCGAGACACACUUCGACUCGGCGCCCAACCUCGGGCCCUCGCCGCUGCACGCAGGCCGGCCGCCCUUCAGCUCGGCGCCGGUGGGGCUGGACUCGCUGGACGCGCUGGACUCGGACCGCGCGCUGUUGGUUGGUUGCAGGUCUUCCAGGCACGCGGUGGCGGGCGUGGCCGGCCCCGGCAUCAGCUCCGUCGUCAGCCUGCCCAACGUCCAGCAGAUUGCAGUGGAGGGGUUCAGCGCCUCUGCCAGCAACCUGCUCGGGCCGCAGACCCUCCUCUCGCCCCCGGAGCCCUUCCGCCGGGCCCAUGGCGGCGCCCAGGUCGGGGCCCAGGGCGGGGCCCACUUCAGAGACACCCCCGGCACCGCCGUCCGCCAGAGCAAGAGGUUCAGCUCGGCCGACGACGUCUUCAGGGCGUCGCUGCUACGCCAUAGCCUCCCCGCCAAACCACCCAGGACGCCGUCGGUGAGGGCGUCGCUGGAGGAGGACUUGUCCUCGGAGACGUUCGAGGCCAGCCCCGCCACCACCUUCGUGCCGAGCGCCUUCCCCGCCACCACGGAAUCCACGACGAGUCCGCGGCCCGCGCCCGCCCAUCACGUGGUGGUGGCCAUCGACUUCGGCACGACGUACAGCGGGUAUGCCUUCUGCUACACGAGGGACUCGGACUGCAACAUCCACAUGAUGCGCAAAUGGGAAGGCGGCGACCCCGGCCUGUACAACGAGAAGGCCCCCACGGCGCUGCUCCUCACGCCCGAGGGGAAGUUCCACUCGUUCGGCUUCCUGGCCCGCGACACCUUCCACGAUCUGCACCCCGACCAGGCCAAGCGAUGGCUGUACUUCGACAAGUUCAAGAUGGCCCUGCUGAGCCAGACGACGCUGACCCGCGACACGACGCUGGCCGCGGCCAACGGGCGCCAGGUGGCCGCCCUCACGGUGCUCAGCAUGUCGCUGGCGCACUUGCGCGACCGCGCCCUGGCCGAGCUGGCGGCCGCGGACCAGGGCGACCAGGGGGACUCCGAGUUGUGCUUCCUCGGGGACGAGUCCGUGCGGUGGGUGCUGACGGUGCCGGCACUGUGGGGGCCCUCCGCGACGCAGCUCCUUCGAGAGGCGGCUCACAUGGCCGGACUCGCCAGCCCGCACCGACCGGAGGCCCUGCUCAUCGUGCUGGAGCCCGAGGCCGCCUCGCUGUACUGCCGCCAACUCCGACUGCACCAACUGCACCAGCACCAGCUCCACCAGCACCAGCUGGACUCGAGCCGCGACCACUCCAUGGCCUCCCUCGUCCUCGACCCCCACGGGCACGGCGUGAGGACGCAGUACAUGGUGGUGGACUGCGGCGGCGGCACGGUGGACAUCACGGUGCACGAGCUGAGCGGCCAGCGUGCCACGCUACGCGAGCUUCACAAGGCGAGUGGCGGCGCCUGCGGCUCGCUCGGCGUGGAUCGCGAGUUCGAGCGCUUGCUGAGCGCCGUCUUCGGCGCCGACUUCAUGUCCCACUUCCGGCGCAAGCGGCCCGCCGCCUACGUCGAGCUGCUGCUGUCCUUCGAGGCGAGGAAGCGGUCCGCCGAGCCCGACAGGGACCGCGACGCCAACCUCACCAUCUUCCCGCCCUUCGCCUUCGUGGAGGCCUACCGCAAGUUCAGGGGGAAGGAGGUGGAGCACGCCGUGCGCAAGUUCGGCCGUCCCAGCGAGAUCUCCUGGUCCAGCCAGGGCAUGCUGCGCCUGUCCCCCCAGCUGAUGGCCGACCUGUUCCAGCCGACCCUGGACCAGGUGUGCCACCAGGUUGACGAGGUGCUCCGCAGCCCGCGCCUCCGAGUCCCGGCCAGCCCCGGCUCCGUCCCCACCGCCAUCCAGUACCUGUUCCUGGUCGGUGGCUUCGCCCAGUCGCUGAUGCUCCAGCACCGGGUGCGCUCUCAAUUCGGCUCACGAGUAAAGGUGGUGGUGCCGCAGGCCGUGGGCCUGACGACGCUGCGCGGCGCCGUGCUGUACGGCCUGGACCCGGACUUGGUGGCGUCGCGGCGCUCCAAGCACACCAUCGGCGUCGGCGUGCUCAAGCGCUUCCAGCCCGGCGAGCACCCGCAGGACAAGCUGGUGACGCUGUCGGACGGCUCCAAGUGGUGCUGCGACGUGCUGGACGUGCUGGUGGUGGCGGACCAGCCCCUCGGCCCCGGCGAGGCCGUGACGCGCAGCUACACGCCCGCCAGCGCGCGCCAGACCAACAUCAUCAUCCACAUCUACUGCAGCAGCGACACCAGUCCGCCCAAGUUCGUGACGGACGCCGGCGUGACGCGGUGCGGGACGCUGCGGCUGUCGCUGGAGCGGCCCGCCGCCGCCGCCGACAAGACGAGGGAGAUCGUGGCGCGGAUCGAGUUCGGCGGCACCGAGCUGGCGGCCAGCGCGCAGGACAUCGCCUCGGGACGCUGCGUCCGCACGCAGUUGGACUUCCUCAGCACGGCCGUGUAGUGCAGUGUAGGGCGCCGGCCUUACCUUUCACUUGAAAUCGGUGAAAUAGCUUGUGGCGUGGAAAGAGCGGGGAACUAAGUUUCGUGCCGAGUAACCUUAUUUCCUGACGAACCGUGUAUGACUCGUCGGGCCUGUUGACACGCGUCCACGGCGUCGAGUCGUCGCAUUUCUUCUCGCCGCAGUGAACGUUUUUAAAAAUGAUCUAUUUAUUGUCGAUUUAUUUGUCUGCUUAAUUUAUAAGAUCCUUAGAUUAGGAAUACUAACCGCGAUAGUAAUCCACCACUGUCGCAUUAUGGAAUAAACACAUCUACA